UGUAAUUAUUUUAACCUCUCAGAACCAUUAAAGUAAUUAAUAAACGUGAAAUUAUUCUUAUUUUAGGUCUAUGAAAUAAUUUGAAUGUUGUCAAUAAGUGGUUACUUUGUAAAUAAGUAAAUUUGAAAAUGAAAAUUCGAAGAUAUAAAAAAGUCAAUAAAAACCUUGGAUUUUUCACAAACACAUAUGGAUUCAGACAACCUUAUCAAGUUUUGGUAGAUGGAACAUUUUGUUUUGCUGCAUUGAAGAAUAAAAUAAAUAUAGCCGACAAUAUCCCAAGGUAUCUGCAGGCAGAAAUAAAGCUGAUCACUACUCAAUGUGCCAUCAUAGAAAUGGAAAACUUGGGACCAAAAUUGAAUGGAGCUCUUCUAAUUUUGAAAAACUAUUCUUUACAUAAAUGUGGUCAUGAAGGCAAGCCUAUAUUAGGAUCCAAAUGUUUUCUCUCUAUGCUGGGAAAAACAAACAUAGAACAUUAUAUAGUGGCCACACAAGAUCGGGAUCUGCAGAGUAUUGUUAGGAAUAUACCAGGUGUACCGCUGUUAUAUCUUCAUUUGAAAACACCAGUUCUAGAACAACCUUCCGAAGCGUCUGUUAAAUUUGCACAAGAAAAAAUGCUAGGCUUGAGGGAGCAUGAAAAGCUUUAUUUUGAAAAACUGAAAGAGAAAAGUGGAAUAGUAGAUGAAGAGAGACCUAAGAAAAAGAAGAAAAAAGGUCCUAAUCCACUGUCCUGUAAAAAGAAGAAGAAACCAACUAUAAAUACAACUUCUAUAAAGGAAGGAGAACAAACUGUGACACAAAAAAAGAAACGUAAACGAAUUAAAAUUCCUAAACAUGUGAUUGAUGAACUGAAGAAUAAAAGCAGUUAAAGUUU